ACCUCUUUGCAUAUUUUCUUCUGCUUGUUAAUUAAUUACCUAUCUUGUACCUUGAUAAUUCUUGAAUUACAUAUUUUUUAUGUUUCAUCAAUUCCUGAAUUCCGAUACUUUUCUCUAGAUCUGUCCAUGGUAGCUGGAAUCCUUUAGUCUUAGCUGGGUUCUUUUAUUCAAUUUGUCAAAUUUGAUGGUGGAAGCCCGGUCUCAGCUUCCCUACAUCAGCAUAUCUAGAGGAAAAUGGAAACUGAAUCAAACACUCACAAACUUCGAUUCGUUAAGUGUCCUAAAUGUCGGCAGGUGCUUCCAGAGCCUGCAGGUGUUCCUGUAUACAAGUGCGGUGGAUGUGACGCUAUUCUACAAGUAAAACAUCGAAAGAAUGAUGCCGAAAGCACAAGCUCAGGUUCAAAUGGAAUAGAUGCUGCUAAGACAAAUGAGUUCCAACAUGACAGUUCUGAAUCUAUCAGCUCUUGUCAGAAAGAAAUUCUUUUGUCCUCAGGAGAAAGUUCUUUGAACCAAAACAAUGGGAGGGAUCAAAAUAUAUCGACAGAAUGCAAUAUUGAGAAGUUUGUAGGUGUAAACUCAUUGGAUGAAGAUCGAAUUAAUGAGAGUGAUCAUCUUGAAUCUCAGGAUUGCAAUAUUGAAAAGCCUGGAGUUUCCAAUGUAUUUUGUUCAUCAACUGGGCAUGCUUUUCAUGAGAAUCAAGAGUUAUCACCAUUAACUGAACCAAAUUCAGAAGUAGAGGUAAAUAAUGGUAGCUCACUUCCGGUGGAGGAAAAGACAGGAGUUGACAUUGACAAUGAGAGUGGCUCAACUUUCAGAAGAUUGAAUACUGACAACACAGUGGUGAGAAUGAAUAUCUGUUCAACUGUUACUUCUUUUAGAACAGCAGGGGAAAGCAUUUCAUCGGACAUUUUUAUAUCUUCUCCUGAUGAACAUCAGGAGCAACUUCAGAUGAGUGAUAAUGAUUGUUGUCACCAUCUGAGGUCUAAUGCUCCUUUUGAAACUACAAAUUUCAGUUCUGAGCUCAGUGGUAACCUUGAAUGUAUGUCCAAAUCCCCAACAAACAGAAGCUCCCAUGCUUAUGAUGGCAGUGUCUCUUCUUAUGAUGGAAUUGAUGAUCAAGUUCCCAACCAGCCAAUAGAUCCAUAUAAAAAUGCUUUCAAGGUUCCAAACUCGAGUGCCUAUGAAGAAAGGUCUAGAACAGACAAUUUCCUGACAAAUAGCGGUUCUGUACUGCAACAUCAAGCUAGGAAUUUCUCACCAGAUAUAUCAAAUAAGAGGCGCUACCCCUUGGACAGCAGGAAGUGGGAUCGAGAUGAGUUGCUGGAAUCCAGAACACAUGGCCAUGCUGUUAGAAACAGGAUCAGAUUAGAGAGAGAUGAGUUGCUGUCUUCAGUGCCUUACUAUCAGAGGGAUUAUCCAGCUGGCUAUGAAAGUGGUGGCUCUUCCAGUCAAUUGUAUGAUGAAAUGCAUCUCCGUUCAAGUGAACAGGACAAGAUCAAACUGCUGAGAAUGGUUUACGAACUUCAGGAUCAACUUAACAGAAGAUGCUAUGUGAAUGAAAAGCCAAAUCAAAGGGUUUCCUCUGGAGUUUCAAUGAAGGAGAAAUAUAUUCCUGCCUACUAUAGUAGCGAGAUGCCUGAGGAAAUUUCUCAGGAAUUAAACUAUCAUAGUUAUCCUGAAAGAUUCAGGCAGGGAAGCAACUGGCCCAAUCCGUAUAACGUCUCGCGGAUACCUUUCUCAGGGGAGGCUACAAUAAAUAGACACCAUAUUGAUAGCUGUUCCUGUAUGCAUUGCUGUCCCCAGGACUGGCAGUGCUCAGCACCACUAGCUCCACCCAUCCUUUCUCAUAACAAAGGAGUUCAUUGGUUCCACCCUGGCCACAGUUAUUAUAGUUCCUACAGGUCUGCUCCGUCGAGCCCCCAACAGUUUACGGACUCUGAGUUCCCCAAAUGGGGCCGUGAAACAAAGUCUGAUGACCAGAGGCAUGAAGAGCAUCAUAUGAAGAAGUUUAUGAGAGAGAAACAUCACCCAGUUAGGCGACAUCUCCGACCCACAGUUGGUGGUGCUCCUUUCUUAAUUUGUUAUGCUUGUUCGAAACCACUGCAGCUACCUGCAGAUUUUCUCCUGUUCAAAAGGAAGUUCCAUCUGCUGAGGUGUGGUGCUUGUUCUGAGGUAUUAAAGUUUUCCCUUGAAAAUAGGACUCACAUAGCUCGCUAUACACCUAAUGCUGAAGCACCCCCACCAAGUGAGAUUGAUGGUUAUUGUGAAGCUAUUAAUAGAAGAAAUUUGGCUGUAUCUUCUUAUGGCUAUGAUUUUCCACCUGCGGAUCCAGUGUCAUGUUCAGAUGACUACGGACUUUCAUAUUGUAAAAGUUUCUCCACAGAUGGAGAUCCUGUAUUCCCCACACCAUCUCACAGCCUCCAGAGCAGUGUAGAUGCCAGAGAUAUACCAGGUGGUUUUUCUGAGUCAAUGGAGGAGAGAAAGCAGCUUGUUCUGAAACAGUCUCGAAACAAGUAUAAGAAUCCUGUGGUAACAUACAAAUCAUCUCGUCCUUCCUCCAGUAAGUCCAUAUCAGGGAAAAAUUCCUCAGAAAUUGAAGAGCUGCCAGCAAGAACAGGUUCUCCUCUUCAUCGGCUCAUGGGUUAUUCUUCACCAAGCCAGGUGAUUAGAGGGUCUGUCCCAUCUGGCUCCGGCACAAGCUCAUACUAUAUGUAAACCAUUGGUCGGGGAAUAGACACGGGUUUCUCAGAAUAAUUGCACAUAUUAAUGUUCAAUUGUAUGAGUGAUGAACAAGAUUCUCUACUCAACCUGGAGCUGCAAGCAAUUGAAGCUGAUGGAAGUUUUAGCUUUUGAGAAUCCAAAAUAGAUUCUUUUCGAUUUUUCUUCAUUAUUUUUACAGGUUGCAAUUGCAUAUGACGAAUCUCAAAAUUCCACAAUUUGUAUUAAAAGUAGAAAAUGAAGAUUUUUGUAUUAUAGAAAUUUAAUGGACACGAUUCCUAUUUUUGGAAUGUACAGACAGUUGAUUAUUUUAUCAUGUAUAAUCAAUA